AUGGGAGCUGACUCUUUUUCAAACUUUAACAUUGAAAAAAUAUUGAGAUUAGCUGAGUUGUAUCCUGAUGAUUUUGAUGAACAUGCUAGGAUUGACCUUUGUUUUCAGCUUGAGAAUUAUAUUGUUGAUGUACGUGAUCAUGAUAAAAGGUUUUCCGAUCUUAAGGGACUUUGUGAUUUUUCCAAGAAACUAGUAGAGACAAAGAAGCAUGGAACUUAUCCUCUCGUGUUCCGACUAGUGAAAUUUGCUUUACUUUUGCCAGUUGCUACUGCUACAGUUGAAAAAGCUUUCUCUGCGAUGAAGUUGAUUAAGACUGACUUACGAAAUCAAAUGGAUGAUGAGCUUUUGAGUGGUUGUUUGGUGCCUUAUAUAGAAAAAGAAGCACUUAGUGCUAUUUCUAAUGAGGAUAUUAUGGAUACCUUUCAAAAGAUGAAAUCUCAUCGAGGAGAAUUGUAA